AGUGAAGGAACAGAGAAAAAGGUCAACUCUUCAUCCGUCCCGAAGGUCUUCAGUAGCAUCACCAAGGACCUACUUCAAAGCCUGCCUUCCAUGAUGGCAAAAAACCUCUCGGUCCCAUUGGCCUUUGCCUGCCUCUUGCACCUGGCUAAUGAAAAGAACCUGAAGCUACAAGGGGUAGAAGACUUGUCCGAAGUCUUAGUGCUACCAGAAGAUUAACCGGUGCUACUCGACACUCUCCAGCCUCCCAGGAAGGAAUUGAUCUGCCUUUUUGAAACAUCCCCCCACCCCCCCAGUGCGUCAAGUGAAGGGCAGGAGCCUCCAGCUAAUUCCAUCGGUCCCUCCUGGGACAAAUCGAUACGAUUUUGCAUUAUGGUUUCGGCAGUCAAAAUCUGCUUGUCUUUUUAAAAGGACCCUGGAUGUUUUUAAUUUUGGCCCUUUUCCCACGAUGGGAAAGAGGGAGCUUUUUUAACACCCGUGUGUGUGUUCUUGGCACAAUCGUGACCCUUGUAUCCCAUUCUGCUUUUUUAAAAAACCAGUUUUUCAGUUUCCGUUUUUCUUUCUACAGUUUCCGCUCUCCUGUCGUUUUUAUCAUUGUCUUAAGUCAUUUUAUAUAUUUGUACGCAUCUUUUAUUCUCUUUUUUUAAAGGAAUAAACCCAAACCGUAUAGUA